UCUAAAACCAAUUUAAAACACACACACACACAAAAAGUAUUUUAAUUGGAGUUAGAUCAGUGCCUCAGAAGAGGACUGUCUUGUUUCUCAUUUCAAAGUCAGUGUUUAUGUGGCCUUGUUGUUAAUGUUGCCUCUGCCCCAACCUGAACCUGAUUCUUUCUAGUUCAUGUUCAGAUAUAAUGCUGUACAUCGCCCUUUGUGUAGAUCAGUUUUGAAAUAAACUAGGUUGAACAUAUCUUUUCUAUACAGAAUGCAAAUGAGAUUUAGCUAAUUGAAUGCAUUUUCUUCCCCAGAAAAGUAACUUUUGAAAAACAGUGGUUCUAUCUGGAUAACGUCAUUGGCCAUAGUUAUGGAACCACAUUUGAAGUGACCAAUGGAGGAAGUCUUCAGCCUACGAAGAAAAAGGAAGAGCCUACUUCAGACCAAAGAAGCGGGCACUGAUAAUCGAAAUAUAGUUGAUGAUGGGAAAUCUCAGAAACUUACUCAAGAUGACAUAAAAGCUUUAAAGGACAAGGGCAUUAAAGGAGAGGAAAUAGUGCAGCAGUUAAUUGAAAAUAGCACAACAUUCCGAGACAAGACAGAAUUUGCUCAAGAUAAAUAUAUUAAAAAGAAGAAAAAGAAAUAUGAAGCCAUCGUUACUAUUGUGAAGCCAUCCACCCGCAUCCUUUCCAUUAUGUAUUAUGCCAGAGAACCUGGAAAAAUUAACCACAUGAGAUACGAUACACUAGCCCAGAUGUUGACAUUGGGAAAUAUUCGUGCUGGCAAUAAAAUGAUAGUAAUGGAAACAUGUGCAGGCUUAGUGCUGGGUGCAAUGAUGGAACGAAUGGGAGGUUUUGGCUCCAUUAUUCAGCUGUACCCUGGAGGUGGCCCAGUUCGGGCAGCCACAGCAUGUUUUGGAUUUCCGAAAUCUUUCCUCAGUGGUCUUUAUGAAUUCCCCCUCAAUAAAGUGGACAGUCUCCUAAAUGGAACAUUUUCUGCCGAGAUGUUAUCUUCAGAGCCAAAAGACAGUGCUUCGGUUGAAGAAAGUAAUGGCACACUGGAGGAAAAACAGACUUCAGAACAAGAAAACGAAGACAGCAUGGCAGAGGCCCCAGAGAGCACUCACCCCAAAGAACCAGAAACAUUGGAAAUUGUCUCUCAAAACCCAGAGUAUAAGGAGCCUAAAGAGAGAGGAAGCAAAAAGGAUUAUAUUCAGGAAAAGCAGAGGAGACAAGAAGAGCAGAGGAAAAGACAUUUAGAGGCUGCCGCUCUGCUGAAUGAAAGGAACGCAGAUGGUUUAAUUGUAGCUAGUCGUUUCCAUCCCACUCCACUGCUGCUAUCGUUGCUUGACUUCGUGGCCCCUUCAAGGCCUUUUGUGGUCUACUGUCAGUAUAAAGAGCCUCUGUUGGAGUGCUACACGAAACUUCGGGAAAGAGGAGGGGUCAUCAACCUCAGGUUGUCUGAAACCUGGCUCAGAAAUUACCAGGUUUUGCCAGAUCGAAGUCAUCCCAAACUCCUGAUGAGUGGAGGCGGAGGGUACCUUCUCUCAGGCUUCACUGUUGCCAUGGACAACCUUAAAGCAGACCCCAGUCUCAAAUCCAACUCGAGCACUUUAGAAUUACACAAGACUGAAGAGCCAGCAGCUAAAAAACGGAAAUGCCCAGAAUCUGACUCUUAACCUUUCAAAAGUUGCUUUGAUUUUGUUCU